UCCGCCUGCCCCGCGCCCUGCCCGGCCCCUGUGGGCGGGGGUUUCUCCGGCGCUGCCCGGGGUGGGCUCCGAGGCUCCCGGCCCGGCCGCGGUGGGUCCCGUCGCCCCUGGCCGGCCUCCUGCGGCGGUCGCGGCGUGCCAGCACGAUGCUCCCGGCAGCCGGCAGCUUUCCCGCGGACCAGGAGCCGCUGCUGGAGGACCCUGUGGGGAGCAGGUACAGCCGGCAGAAGCCAGAGGACCGCUGGCAUGGGGCCUACGUUAUAUUUUUCCUCCUGGGCAUCGGGUCCCUCCUGCCCUGGAAUUUCUUCAUCACGGCCAAACACUACUGGAGGUACAAGCUGCAGAACUGCUCGGAUGAGCCAGGCCCGGCGGGGCAGGCGGCCUCAGACCUGAGGGACUAUUUUGAGAGCUACAUCUCCAUUGCUUCCACAGUGCCCUCAGUGCUGUGCCUGAUUGGAAACUUCUUGCUUGUUAACAAGGUUCCUGCCAGUGCCCGGAUCCUGUCCUCCCUCUUUGUCAUGCUGGCUGUUUUCCUGGUGAUCACGGUGCUGGUGAAGGUGGACACCUCUGCCUGGACCACGCGUUUCUUCGCCCUCACCGUUGGCUGCGUGGCCGUGGUCAGCAGUGCCUCCACCAUCUUCUCCAGCAGCAUCUUCGGCCUGAGCAGCUGCUUCCCCAUGAGGAACCUGCAGGCUCUGAUCUCAGGCCAGGCCAUGGGUGGCACCAUCAGUGCCGUGGCCUCUGUGAUAGACCUGGCGGCGGCGGCCGACGUCACCGACAGCGCCCUGGCCUAUUUCCUCACUGCCGACAUCUUCAUCGUCAUCUGCAUCAUGGUGUACCUGCUGCUGCCCAGGCUGGAGUACUCCAGGUAUUACCUGAGCAUCCAGAAGGAGAACCCCUCUCUUGUCACCGUGCCCCCUGACAGCUCCGUGGAGGACGAGGCAGGGCCAGGAGGCACCACGAAUUCCUCCUACCUCACAAGAAGCGCUGGCAUUCCCCCACUCCGCCCCAUCCUGCAGAAGACCGCCCUCCUCGGCUUCUGCCUCUUCUACGUCUUCUUCAUCUCCAUCAUCAUCUUCCCUUCGCUGUCCUCCAGCAUCGAGUCUGUCAGCAAAUCCUCGGGAAGCCUGUGGAGCACCAAGUACUUCACCCCGCUCACGUGUUUCCUCCUGUACAACUUUGCUGACUGGUGCGGGAGGCAGGUCACUGCCUGGAUCCAGGUGCCCGGCCCCAAGAGCAAACUGCUGCCUGCCCUUGUCCUCCUCAGAACCAUCUUCCUCCCUCUCUUCAUCCUCAGCAACUACCAGCCCCGGGCUCACAUCCGGACCGUGCUAUUCAACCGGGACAUCUACCCCGUGGUGUUCACGGCGCUGCUGGGGCUCAGCAACGGCUACCUGGGCACGCUGGUCAUGGUCUACGGCCCCAAGAUCGUGCCAAAAGAGCUGGCUGAGGCAGCAGGGGUGCUGAUGACGUUCUACCUCGUGCUGGGGCUGGCGCUGGGCUCUGCCUGUGCUGUUUUCGUGGUGCACCUCGUGUAGAGGCGCAGCCGGAGGAGGAGGAUGCCCUCGGUUUGUGGUGCUGCUGUUGGGCAUUUAGGGUUUGGGUUUUUUCCCCAAAAAAGUCAGGUAUCCUGUGGCUUUGAGGCAGGCUGCCUGUCUUGGGAGGGGGGUAGCUGCAUCCAGGGGGGAUGCAGAGGGAAAGUCUCCCUUCUGGGAAGGGACAUCCCCUGUGCUUGGGAGGGUUCUGUCAGACAUUGUCACUCCCCAGUUUAAUGGAGCGGGGACCAAACAGCCUCAGGGAGCUCAGGGACACAGGGAUACCAUCCCUUACCUGUAUGCCAGUGGUUUUAAGCUGACCCCAGGGCUUUUGGGGACACCUGCCAUGCUGUUACGAGUUCAGCCCUUCAGGGAUUGGGCGGUCUUUGAUGGGGAUCACCCCUCACCGAGCUGUGAUGGUGGUGUUGAACUAAAAGGGAUUUGAGCCCUGGAACAUCUUCCCACAACUUAAGUGGUGAGUAGCAGCUGCCCCAGGGAUCAGUGCACAGUUUUGGACAGAUUUCAUACAAUCACUGCACAAAAUAAUAGUAUAUAUAUAUAUAUAAGGGAAACUGCUCCACUUGAAAUUUUGCUUGCUUUAAUUUUUCCACGUAAAAUUGAAUUGAGGGAUCAUCUACCUCCUAGCAAGGUGCCACUGAUGUUGGGGACUAUUCCCUGGCCAAGCUGAGAGGAGUUUUUUUCCUGCUGUGACUGUGGUGUGACCCUCAAGGGAAGUGAAAUGCUGGGUGGGCCUAACCUGAGGUUCUUAAGGUGUCUUCAGUCUGCUUUCAGAGAGCUCUGUGAAAGCCAGGGAGAGGUAUGAGAGGGGCUCUGGUGUGAGGUUCACAGCAGAAAUCUGCUUAAUUCAUGUAGACAGGCACCAUAUGGCCUCCAGAUGUUUUCAGAGGGGUGAGCUACUGUGACACCCAAAAAUAUGGCCCACCCAAAGACAACUGGCUUUUAAAGCCAUUUAAACUCCCAUAUGCCAGCACAGCCUGGACUAAAUCCGAUUAUUGUAUUUAUUUUCUCAAAUUGGCUGGAUUUAUGGUCUACAAGAAGUGAACUCAUAAGCAAGGGUGUAAUGGCAGAGCUUGGCACUGCAGUGAUGCCUCAGAGAUGUUGUGUGUGGAAAUUAAUUCCUUUAAGACCUGGUUAGGAGCAGAUCCUCCAUUGCUGGGAUGCUCUCUCAGCACCUCCUGCUUGCCCACGUAGUGGUGGAGCUGCAGGAUGUGGGGCUCUGCUGGGAGAACAGCAGGGUCCAUGGUGCUUGGUGCCAUCUGGGCGUGGUGGACACUGGGUUUUUUACAUAAAUCCUUUGGAGUGUUUCGUUUGGGCCCCUUGGCAACACACACAGCUUUGCUUUACAGCUGAUUUUUAUUUCAACAUAAAAUCCAGACACAAGGGCAAAAUAUGUUGGGUGUGCAGUAGUGAGGAGCAGCUUUAUGGAAUGUGUGGGCUUUUAAUCCUGCCCCUUUGGUGGCUUUGGAGCCCUUUGGCCUCUGGCACUUGGCCAGGGACUGCCUUGACCCAGCUGAAGGCGCACCCAGGGUCUGAGGGUCGGGGUGCUGGGAGCCCCUGCUGGGGGUCAGUGCUCCCAGCGCCUCCCUGGUGCUGCAAUAAUGCACCAGUUGGUCAAAAAGCCCAACCCAACUUGGAGUUGGCAACCAGAAGGUCCCUCUGUGGCCUUGGGUGGGCCUGUUUUAACCUGUGCAUUUCCCCCCAGUCCAAGGAAUGAUGAGAUGUGGGUUGGUUUUUUACUGCUUUGCAUCUCUGAUCCUCCUCUGCGUGUUACAGACCAAAUUCUUCUGGAGGGAGAACUUAAUCAUCUGGUACCGCUGCUAAUAAAGAUAAUUCUUGAUCCUGUGCAA